AUGUCUGAUUAUUAUUUUUAUAAACAAGAGGAAAAACAAAAAUCACACAGAAAACCAACCAAUUUUUUAUCAGACUCAGAAGAUACCAACUCUCAUCCACAAUUGAGAAAUGCAUAACGGUUUUUGUAAUUAUGUAAUUAUAGAAAGUCAGUCGUAAACCCAAAAUAAUGUAAGAACUGAUCAAACUGCCUCAGCCAUAAGUUUAAUAUAUCACUCCUGUAUCUAUUCUCAUUAUAUCCAGUAUGUCCCUGAACCCAUUCCCAUACCUGAAGCUAUUAAACAGAUCGAUAAGAAAAUACAGGCAUAUCGAAGAGUAAUGGAGAUCACAAAAAAACAAAAGGAAUUAUAGGAACAAUAACGAAAUGUGGAAAAUGUAUUUAUUUAAAAGUAGUCCGUUGAUUUCCUAACCAAUCCUAAUAUACAAUUACAAAAUUAAUAAGAUGAUGAAAAUGAGGAAAAAUAAACUCAAAAUUAAAACAAUCAAGAAGAUAUUGAUAAUAAUCAAGCAAAUAAUUUGCAAUAGGAAUAUCAAGGCAAGCCAAGAUAAUAGUAUUAUUCCGAAUCAGUUAAAAAUCGAGAUUAUAUUUAUGAUAAUAUGAUUGAAAGACUUUAUGCAAAAAGAUAAAAUCCAGCUUUGUUUGCAGUAAUGACUUGAUAUAAUAUUCCCAAUUAGAAAUUACAGAAGAAAGCUCCUGCUUUGAAUAUUACAUCGAAGAAUAAAAUUUAAUCAGGGAGUGGAAGGAUGGAUAUGGAAGAACAUAAAUUAAGAGUGUAUAACAGAGAGAAUGUACCAACUAUUCCUGAAUUGAUAAUUCCAACUUUUAUGAUAAAAAAAGAUACCAUGGCAAAAAAUAUAUUGGCAUAUCUAGUAUUCAUUUAAUUUAGCUUUUAGAAAGAUUAUUCUCCAAUUUACAGACAAUAGAAUCAUAAUGAAUAUCCAAAAUGUGUAUAAAACAUUUUAGAGGAUGAGGAUGACAUUAUUAAUAACCAUGAUAAAAAGUGA